AUGGGUGAUAACACAAACCAGCAGCAGCUACUGCUUACCCCCGAGGAUAUCCGUCGCAUGAUAGUUGACGCGCUCACUGAUCCUGGCGUACGCGCGCAGCUACGCGGACCAGCCGGCGAGCAAGGUCGCCAGGGCGAGCCUGGCCAGCUAGCCCGGUCGGACAGCUCAUGGAAAGCCGCCGACAUCGGAUUCUUUGACCCAAAGAUAAACGAUAAGGAAGGUGUCCAGAUGAUUGGAAAUGUUUCGCACUAUACCAACGUCGAGAUCUUUAUUGACCGAAUGAGAGAUCUAGCCCUCCUCAAAUCGGAGGCCGUCGUGAGAGCCAACAUCCACUCAUACCUUAAAGGGGAUGCCCUUAAAUGGUUCAGUUUCGAGCUAUCCCCAGCAGAGAAACGUAUGAUGCAAAGCUGUCCAGUGGAGGAUGGUUGGUACGCUAUGCUGCAGCAACGGUUUAAAAUGGACCGAACCUUCGCCCUACGAGAAAUGGAAAAAGAGAAAUACGGAUGGAAGGAUGUCCGCGCUGGCAGGACCCCCCGCGAGUAUAGCCAGAAUAUGCUCCGGCUUCUCAAAAGCACUGGCUAUAAUGAUGUAUUUGACCAGCUGCUAAAGAUUCGUGAUAAUAUUGAAGCUUCUCUCCGCCGCGACAUUACGCGCCCUACGAGAGACACUACGAUAGCUGAAUUCAUGGACGCUAUUGAUGAGCACUACCUCGAUUGGCAAUCCCAAGUUUCGGAACGUGAGCAAGCCACCAGAGAGCGGUCCCAGGCGGAAAAGCCAACCGCUCGCCCCCGUCCCCAGGAUUUCUCUAACCGACGACAGGAACGACGUGAUGUACAACGCUUACCGUUCCGCCCGCUUCGUCCUAUGCCGCAGUCCCACCAGCAGCUCGGCAUGCCAGAAUCCAAGGACUAUAACUUGGGCGGAAGCCCUCCUGAACACUCUUUGGAUAUCUAA